UACCAUUCAUACUUGGCGUCAAUGUGACCUAAUGAAAUUUAUACAACGCGUUGAAAGGUUACAUGUAGAAGAUAAAAAUUUUCAUAUACUCGAAGGUUUAAACCUUACGAUUGUUCGAUUUUUACGUUUGACUAGAGAUAAACUUCAAGGAUGGGUUUCUUCACGUCGUAUUGAAGAAAUACAAUGUGAUAUUCUUGAAAAUUCAAGAUCUGAACUUGAAGAUUUAUUGAAAUCAUAUGUUGAUAAACUUAUGCAAGCUCCAUCAUUAGCCGAGUAUUAUGAAGAUGUAAUGAAUAGAUUGGACAUGGAUAUUGUAUUUGGAGUUGAUGUGAUAGAACAUUAUAAUUCACCAGAAAUGUUCAUCCCUUUUUUAAAAACAGAACUUGAAAAGAAAAUCAAUCCAAAACUUUAUUCUAUAUCAAGCUACGAAAGCAGAUCAGAUGAUGGGGAGACGAGAAGUGGACAUAAAGAUCAAAAAUUGCUUAUAUUUCAAAUAAAAAAUAGUGCUGCUGGAUUUUGUUUAAGAAAUCAUAAAGCAGCCAGAUAUCCCAUAAAUCAUGAUGAAAGAAACUUUAUAAAAGAUUGUCAAGAAAAAUCUCUUGGCAUCACGCAUUUAAGUGCUGGUCAUAUGAAAAUUACUGCAAAUAGUGCAUUGGAAAUUUUAAGAAGACAUGGGAUUAACAGAGUAUUAUGUGAAGUAUUUAUGGAACCUGAUGACACGUAUUCUGAAAGAGAAAACGCAUAA